GAAGUGAAAACAAGAUGGCUUGUCUACGAGCAGAAGACUGUGGGUAUCGCUUCCUGGUGCUGUUUUUUAACUGCAUGUUGACAUUUGGUUCCUACUACUGUUUUGACAUGCCAAGUGUCUUGCAAGAUGAAUUCCAAGGGGUGAGCAACUGUACACAAAACUCUACCGGGCAGGAAAACAGCUCGUGUGUUAAAUGUGAUGACUGUCUGGGGAUGUCUGCAGAUGACUACAACCUCCUCUAUGCCAUAUACGCCUGGACAAAUGCAGCUGUUGUCAUUGGUGCAGGCUUCCUGAUAGACAAACUUGGGAACAGAGUGGGAGUAUUUCUGUUUUCCUUCCUGUGUGUUGUGGGAUCCUCCCUAUUUGCCCUUGGGAGCAUGUUUAAGGGUACAUCAGCCAUGUUGCCAAUCAUGUUGCUGGGACGUCUGCUGUUUGGGUCUGGCAACGGCUCCCUCACAAUUGUACAGAACAGGAUAACGGCCUACUGGUUCCGUAACAAAGAGCUUGCCAUGGCCUUUGGUAUAACACUGGCUUUCUCCCGACUUGGUAGUGUCCUUAACUUCUUCCUGACACAAAGCUUUUCCGAGGUCUAUGGGCUCUCCUGGACACUGUGGGCAGGAGCUAUGCUGUGUGGCCUGGGUUUCAUAUCAGCCUUGAUUGUUAGCUUCUUAGACAUGUAUGGUGUGAGGCAGUUGGGAGAUGAGCAAAACCUCAAGGCAGAGUCCAAGAAACUAAAAGUCACAGAUAUAAAAUAUUUCUCCUUAUCCUACUGGCUAUUGGCCCUUGCCAUCAUGUUUUUCUACAAUGGAGUAUUCCCCUUUGUUGCUGACGCAAGUGAAUUUAUACAUGUCAAGUAUAAAUUUGAUCUGAAAACGUCCUCGUAUUUGGCUGGUGCAGUGUACGAUGUUUCCAUGGUUGUCUCCCCCUUUUUAGGAGGGCUCAUUGAUGUCAUAGGGAGACGAGGAAUCCUGGCCGUCAUGUGUGCCAGUCUAUCAAUACCAGUGUUUGGAAUUUUAGCGUUUACAUCGGUCUAUCCUUUGGUGGCAACACUAUGGCUGGGAAUUACUUACUCUUUUGCCGCUGCAAGCUUAUGGCCAUCUAUUCCACUUGUGGUGAGUCCAGCCACCGUGGGUACAGCCAUGGGACUGACUACAUCCAUACAGAUGAUAGGAAUAGGAGUUUCUAACUUGGUAGUUGGUCAGAUCCUGGGCAAAAGCCUACAUCUGAAGAGAGAGGAGACACUAUUGAGGUGGAAAUAUGUUAUGGUCUUCCUCCUGGCCAACAGCCUUGCAUGUGUACUAACCACUGUGUUCCUCAACAUCAACGACAAGAGAAGGGGAGGAAUUCUUAACCUGAGUCGAAAACAGAAGGCUAUGAAAGCAGCCCAGUUGGAGGCUGAUCAAGCUGAGAAGGAACCAGAUGAGAGAGAUUCACUGAUUCCAAAUCGCCGACGGCCAGUCAUCAACUGAAACGCACCACGAAGACAUUCCUUAGUUUCCUAUCGUUCAACCAGGAAGGUGCUGUUUGUGUGAUUAGUAAGAGAGGAGUGAGGUGAGAUUGAAUGGACGGAAUUGAGGUAAUGGAAAAUAUAUUUCAAGUAAGAGUUGAACAGAGAGAAACUAGGAAUCAUUAAUUGAACAGAGAAACUGAUUGAAUUGUAGGAAUUGAGAUAAUGGAAAAAAGAUAUUUCAAACUUGAGUUGAAUGGAGAGAAACGGUAAGCUAUCAUUGUUUUA